AGGCUCGAGCAAGAUGUACAGGAGGAUGUCUUCCACACUGUUUUAUGCUGUUGUUCUGCUGGCGUGUGCUUUGAAAUUCAGUUCCAGUCAGACGAGCUGCAAAGGUCGCUGUGGUGCUGAGUACUACAGGGGCUACAUGUGCCAGUGUGACUUCACCUGUCUGGCUUAUGGGGAGUGCUGCAGCGAUUUUGAAUCUCAGUGCACCACAAAAAACUCCUGUCUCGGGCGAUGUGGAGAAGCUUUUAAAAGAGGCCGGCUGUGCAGCUGCGACCCUGAUUGUGUGAAGUACAAGCAGUGUUGUCCAGAUUUCAAACUCCACUGUGACGCAGAAGACCAAAUCAUGGGAGCAUCCAGUGCAACAGCACCGGGGAAGACAAAUUCAUGCAAUAAUGUAAAUGAUAACAAACCUAAAGACACAGUUGUUGAUGCAGUGGAUCAGCCGUCUACAUUCAGCGAAGGAAAUGAUGCAGAUGACUACGUGGUUCCUCUGGACGGUCCAACAGAAAGCCCAACGGAUGAACUUGGUAUGAACAGCAAAAUCUCUCCUGUUGACGACUUUUCCAACAACGGAGUGGAGGAGCUGGAGGCAAGUCCAAUCCCAGAGAGCACCAGUGGUUAUGGAUCCACUCCAGCUGACCUGCUGGUUCAAGGUUCUACUGAGCCCACUCUGGUUACAGACACCAUGGAGUUCACUACCGAGCCAGCGUUCACAGCCGUACCCCCCAGCACAGAGGACUCCACCACCAUCCCUGACUCUUCAUCGUUGGACUCGACAGCCGCCCCAGAAGAAACCACUCCAAACCCUGACGCUGAUGUCCCAACCGGGCCUCCUACUGCUCUGGUGGACGUUGAGGACGAUUCCACCGGGGUUUCUCCACAGGGAUCAGAGCUCGAUGUUGAAGCAACCAACCUCCCCUCAUCCACUGAUGACGUUACCCCUGAUAUAACCACUGCUGAUCCGCUAAAGCCUCUGGAUGUUGAGCAAACCUCCAACAUGGAUGACACCAGAGGUUACCAAGGAGAUGACAGCAACGAUACCAACCUGUGCAGCGGGCGGCCGGUCGGCGCCGUCACCACCCUGAGGAACGGCACCACGGUGGUGUUCAGAGGUCACUACUUCUGGUAUCUGGACAGAAACAGGGUACCAGGUCCGGCUCAAGGCAUCACACAGGUGUGGGGCGUCCCGUCCCCCGUCGACACCGUGUUCACUCGCUGCAACUGUCAGGGAAAGACGUACAUUUUCAAGGGAAACCAGUACUGGAGGUUUGAGAACGAUGCUCUGGACGUUGGCUAUCCCAAAGCUGUGUCGACAGGCUUUGAUGGGCUGCGAGGCCACAUCACAGCUGCUCUGUCCGUCCCUCAGCACCGCAGCAGGAGAGAGUCCGUGUACUUCUUCAAGAGAGGCGGAUAUGUCCAGAAGUAUUCAUACCAGUUUGGUACCAGUCCAACAUGUAGCAGGAAACCUCAAUAUGCCAUUUACACAGUCCGCAACCGAGUGGCCCGGCAAGCAGUGUCUGUCCUAGAACCAGCCAUCAACAUCCGGACGUCCUGGAGAGGCUUCCCCUCCACCAUCACGGCCGCCGUGUCCAUCCCAAACAACCAAGAACCGGAGGGAUACAAAUACUACGUCAUCUCAAGAACAAAAACCUACAACGUGAGGAUGAGCGGCGAGCGUCCCGUCCUGGCUGCUCCCAAAGCCAACGCCCCGCCUCAGGCCAACGACGUCUUCAAGUGUCCAAAGAAAGUGUGACCGAAAAACAAACAUCCACCUUUCACACCAACGUCGUUACAGUUCUUAAUUUUAUUAUAUUCUUCAUAAAACACGCUGCUUCAGCUUGGACUGUAAUUACAAAAAGGUACGUUCCAAGGACGUUAGAAAACAAACCACAGCAACAGAAAAGAAAACAACGAGCUUCAGAACAAGUGAACAUUAUCAAGAUUGAAGAGUCUAAACGAGCUGAUGUGAAAUGUGUCUGGCGGGAAUGAUGAGCUGUCACGUCUUCUGAUUGGUGCUUCUUCAUCUUGCGAACCGUCGUGGACCUCGAGAAGGAAAGGCCUGACCUGUUGAGGUGGAAAACACAUUCUUAGAGGAGUCUGCUAUACUGAUGUAAAAAUUCUGUACAGCAAAUGUAUGAAUGUACGAUGAUGUUUACGGUUUCUCUUGUUAUCAUUAAAAACUGAACUAUAAGGGACAACGUGCACUCAGUUGUUUUCUUUAAAACAAUCAACACGAAAGUCGUCAGUGAACAUUUGAGAAUCAGAAAACACGAGUAUAUAUAUCUGUGAAGAACACGUUGCACAGAGAGAUAAAUCAGUUUUAGAUGAUUUAGUGCGACAACUAGAAAAGAAAAAAAGAGAAACAUCUCUAAAGCUGUUUAUACAUUGCAGAUGAAACCCAUAACUUCACAGUAAAGACGGAGUGUUGAG